AUGGCCACUGUCACUGAAACCGUCACUCUCCCAACCCGCACCGCAUUGGUGGGACAUGAAUCCGCUGCAAAGGAAGAUGCAGCACGCGAGUGCGCUCUCCUGAACGAGUUCGCUGGAAAAUGGGACAGCUUCAAGUUUGGCCCCAUUCGCGAGAGCCAAGUCUCCCGUGCGAUGACCAGGCGGUACUUCAAGGACCUGGACACCUAUGCUGAGAGCGACAUUGUCAUUGUUGGUGCUGGCUCAUGCGGUCUCAGCACGGCCUAUGUCCUCGCCACUGCCCGUCCUGACCUGAAGAUUGCCAUUAUCGAGGCUGCCGUCUCUCUCGGUGGCGGUGCCUGGCUUGGUGGCCAACUCUUCUCCGCCAUGGUUCUCCGCAAACCCGCGGACAAAUUCCUUGACGACAUCGGUGUUCCGUACGAGGAGGAGCCAUCCAACCCACACGUUGUGGUGAUCAAGCACGCCUCUCUCUUCACAUCUACCUUGCUUUCCAAGGUUCUUGCGUUCCCGAACAUCAAACUCUUCAACGCUACCUGCGUUGAGGACCUGAUCACCCGCCCUGAACCCAAUGGGGGCCUGCGUAUCGCCGGUGUUGUGACCAACUGGACCCUCGUCGCCGAGCACCACGACGACCACUCCUGCAUGGACCCCAACACCAUCAAUGCUCCCGUUAUUGUUAGCACCACUGGCCACGAUGGUCCAUUCGGAGCCUUCUGUGCUAAGCGCCUCGUCUCCAUGUCUGCUAUCGAGAAGCUCGGUGGCAUGCGUGGUUUGGACAUGAACUCGGCUGAAGAGGCCAUUGUCAAGAACACUCGUGAAGUCACCAAGGGUUUGAUCAUCGGUGGGAUGGAACUGAGUGAAAUCGAUGGCUGGCACCGUAUGGGCCCCAUUUUCUCUGCUAUGAUGCUCAGUGGUGUCAAGGCUGCUGAAGUUGCUUUGGAGGUUUUUGAGCAGCGCAAGAAGGAAUGUGCUGCUUAA